CUUUUUUCUUUCUAAAAGAAGGAAGAAAGAAAAUCAAACCCCUCUUUUUUCUUUCCCAGAUAGUCUAACCAAAGGUUUAAACUACGUUACAAAAACGUUGUUCGGAAUCUUACCCCUUCGUGAAGGUCGCGGGUUGAAAGUAUCGGGCUUUGUCACUGUGAAUGGACAGCCUUGCAUCUGCAACAGAGUCUAUGCUUAUGGAGGUUGAUUCUGAGAAACAAGCGAUUAAAAGGGAUAGUGGCCCUGAACCUGACUCUAGUCCUCCUAGUCCCAAAGUUUCUCCUAAGUGGAACCCAUCAGAAGCUUGCAGGCCCUCCCUUGAUGAUGCUCCCAUAUUCUACCCAACUAAUGAGGACUUUGAAGAUCCACUUGCUUACAUAGAGAAGUUGCGCUCUAGAGCAGAAUCAUUCGGCAUAUGUAGAAUUGUUCCCCCUGUCGCAUGGACGCCUCCCUGCCCUCUCAAGGACAAACGCAUAUGGGAGAAAUCUAAAUUCCCCACCCGUGCUCAGUUCAUUGACUUGCUUCAAAAUAGAGAACCAAUCAAGAAGUCUACCAAUAGCAAGAAGCGAAAACGGAGAAUAAUCUCCAAAAUUGGAUAUUCAAGAAGAAGAAGAAGAGAUUCAGACUGUGAUGUUGAGUCCCCUCAAGAUGCUGAAGGGAAGUUUGGUUUUGAAACUGGACCAGAUUUUACCCUGGAAGAGUUUCAGAAGCAUGAUGAAGACUUUAAGGAAUCUUAUUUCCAGGUAGAGGAUGGUACAAAUAAGAAAUUUAAACUCAAGGUUAAGGAUAUUGAAGGCGAGUAUUGGAGGAUAGUGGAGCAAGCAACUGAUGAAGUAGAGGUUUACUAUGGAGCUGAUUUGGAAACGAAGAAAUUUGGAAGUGGGUUCCCAAAGCAUUCACCAGGGUCUGCUAAAAGUCUAGAAGUAGAGCAAUACACUAAAAGUGGCUGGAACCUAAACAAUUUAUCCCGUCUCCCAGGAUCUGUUUUAGCUUUUGAGAGCUGUGAUAUCUCAGGAGUUAUUGUGCCUUGGCUUUAUGUUGGAAUGUGUUUCUCAACUUUUUGUUGGCAUGUUGAAGAUCAUCAUCUUUAUUCGUUGAACUACUUACACACGGGUGAUCCAAAAGUUUGGUAUGGGAUCCCUGGACACCAUGCUGCCUCUUUUGAAAACGCAUUGAAAAAGCAUCUUCCAGAUUUGUUUGAAGAACAGCCUGACUUGCUUCAUCAACUGGUCACUCAGUUAUCUCCAAGUAUUUUAAAAGAGGAGGGAGUACCUGUCUAUCGAGCUGUUCAGCGCAGUGGAGAAUUCAUUCUAACCUUCCCCAACGCCUACCACUCCGGGUUUAACUGUGGCUUCAACUGUGCAGAGGCAGUAAAUGUUGCACCAGUUGAUUGGCUCGUUCAUGGACAGACUGCAGUGGAAGGCUAUAGCAAGCAGCGGCGAAAGACCUCCUUGUCACAUGACAAGCUGCUUCUUGGAGCAGCUCGGGAAGCUAUCAAUUCCCUCCGGGAGCUGGCGGUUUCAAGGAAGAAGACUCCUGUGAUUCUGAGAUGGAAAAGGGUUUGUAGUGAGGAUGGAUUGCUUACAAAGGCAGUCAAGAGGCGCGUGGAGAUGGAGGCAGAGAGACUAAAGGAGCUUGGAGAUGGUUUUAGGUUGCUAAAGAUGGAGGGGGAUUUUGAUAUUAAGAGAGAACGAGAAUGCUUCUUGUGCUUCUAUGAUUUGCAUAUGUCUGCGGCAAGCUGCAAAUGUUCCCCCAACCGGUUUGCAUGUCUCACCCACGCCAAGGAUCUGUGCUCAUGUGAAAGCAAGGAGAGAUUUAUCCUUCUUAGAUACACCUUGGUUGAGUUAAGAUCACUUGUCAGAGCUCUAGAAGGGGAUUCUGAUGCCAUAGAAGCCUGGGCACAAAAUGGCCGUGGCCAGAAGCCUAAACAACCGAAGAGAGUAAAAGAAGCCUUGGACCUCAAGGGUGCCUCCUGCUCAAAGAGUGGUGGUUCAUCAAAAGCACAUAAACAAGAAGAAAACAAUCACCAGUUAGGCUCCGAAGGCUUACAAAGUGAUCUAGUCAUAGGCAAGGAUGCUGCAACCAAUAGGUUAAGUCAGUCUGUUGAGCUUUUGAAGUCUGGAUCUCUCGUUGUUAAAAAGCCGUGGUGCAGUAAGCAAGCUAUAUAUUCAAAAGGAUUCAAGAGCCGUGUUAAGUUCUUAAGCGUGCUUGAUCCAACAAAACUAACCAACUACAUCUCAGAGGUUCUGGAUGCAGGGCUUGCUGGUCCACUGUUCAGGGUGUCACUAGAAGAAUACCCCAGCGAGAAUUUCUCGAAUGUGUCAGCUGAGAAGUGUUGGCAAAUGGUGAUACAAAGACUCAAACUAGAAAUCAUCAAGAGAUGUGAUCAACCAGCUAGCUACUUGACCUCUUUGCAGCAUUUGGAUAGUAUUAACGGGCUUGACAUGUUUGGGUUUCUCUCCCCACACAUUAUUCAGGCGCUGGAGGCCCUUGAUCCGAAGCAUCAGUUGGAGGAGUAUUGGAACCAAAGAAGAGCGAAAGUGUUUGGUGGUGAACUAACAAAGGAAGGAGAAAAGGAUGAUGAUACGGAGAAAGUAGGGGCUUCAGAUCCUUCUAUGGACCGGGACACAAGGCUUCUGCGUGGACUUUUGAAGAAGGCGACACCUGAAGAGCUAGCAAUGAUGCAUGGACUUUUAUGUGGUGAGACACGUAACACUGAGCUACAGGAAGAGCUCUCCUCUUUGGUGGAUAAGAUGGAGAAACGUCCGUGA